AUGAUAAGAAGAUUUGUAAAUAAUGCCUUAAUUCUAAAUGUUCAAGUUGUGAAGAUAACCUUUCAUAGUGUAUUUCUUGUAAAGCAGGAUCUUUCUUGUAUAAGAAAGAUUGCUAUGAUUCUUAGUAAUAAAAUACUUAUUGUAAUGAUAAAAAAAUAUGUGAAGAAUGUACAAACAAAAGCUCCGCUUUCCACUUAUUGCGAUGCAAAUUUAAUAUGUGAAUAAUGCACAAAUAUCCAAUGUGCUAAAUGUGAGCAAAAUAAAUAAGAUUGUAUCUCUUGUGACAAUAAAUAUUUCUAUGAUAAAAAUUGCUACAAUCAGUAACAACCUAACACUUAUUGCAAUAAUUCAAAAGUUUGUCAGUAAUGCAAAGAAGAUAGCUGUUUAACAUGCGAUUAUGUUAUGAUAAAUAGCCUGAGAGUACUUUUUGUGAUGAUAAGAAAAUAUGCCAAAAAUGCAAUAAUGGUUCAUGCUUAACAUGAUACAUGCUUUAGCUCUUAACCAGAAAAUACUUAUUGUGAUAACUAAAACAUAUGUAAAACAUGUCAAACUCCUAAUUGCCUUAAAUGUGAUGAAACUUUGAAUUAAUGUAAAUAAUGUAAUCCAAAAUACUUUUUAUAUGAGUCUAAAUGUACUAGCUAAUAGCCUAUUAACACUUAUUGUGAUAAUAAUCUUAUUUGCGAAAUUUGUAACAAUAAAGAUUGUGCUAAGUGCUCAAACGAUAAAUAAAAAUGUAUUUCUUGUGAGAAUAAAUAUUUGUACAACGAUAACUGUUAUGUAACAUAAUAACCAAAUACUUUUUGUAACAAUUAAAAAGAAUGUUAAAAAUGUAAGCUCGAAGAGUGUUAUUUUUGUGAUAACUAAUUAAUGAAAUGUAUAAAAUGUUAUGAUAAUAAAUAUCUUUUCUAAGGUUAGUGCAAAAGCGAAGAACCUAGUAAUACAUACUGUGAUAAAGUAACAAAAAUUUGCACUAAAUGUUCUAAUGAUAAAUGUAAAGAAUGCGAUAACAAUUUAAAAAGUUGUACAUCUUGCAAUUCAAAUCAAUAUUUUUAUAAUAGCGAAUGCUACGAAGAUAAGCCUAAUAAUACAUAUUGUGAUAAUCUAAAAAUCUGUAAAAAAUGCAAGGAUGAAAACUGUUAAAGUUGUGAUGAGAAUUUAGAAAAAUGUUUUAAGUGCUAUAAAUAAACUUACAUUCAUGAAUAAAAAUGCUAUUAGCAACAACCUAAUAAUACUUUCUGUAAUUAAUCAAAAGAAUGCAAACUAUGUUUAAAUAACAAUUGCAAAACUUGUGAUUUCAAUCUAACAGAUUGCGUGAGCUGUUUAGAUAAUUAAUAUCUAUUUAAUAAGUAAUGUUACAUUACAUAACCUAACUCAACUUUCUGUGAUGAAUAAAAGGUAUGCUAAUCAUGCUAAAGUGGUUGUAAAGUAUGUAAAAAUAAUCCAUAUAUUUGUGAGGAAUGCAUUGAUUAAUACUAUUUGUUUAAUGGAAAAUGCUCUUUCAAAUAACCAGAUUCUACUUAUUGUGAUAAGAGUACUCUAGUCUGCAAUAAAUGUGAUGAAACAUGCUUUUCUUGUAAUGGACCUACUUAAAAUGAAUGUACUGGCUGUGAUUAAACAGUUUUUAGAUAUGAUAGUUCAACUUCAAGAUGUCUGUGUAAAGAAGGAGGUUUUACAUAUGUAAAUACUUCACAAAAAUGUGAAAAGUGCAAAAUCAUAGGAUGUAAUGACUGCUAUCAAGAUAUAAAUAAAUGUAUCUAAUGUGGAGAAAAAAUGGAAUUUGAUAAAGUUACAUCUGAAUGCUAUUGUAAAGAUGAUUUAGAAAUUGUAAAUAGAAUGGAUAAUAAAUGUAUGAAAAGCAUUAUUCCUAAUUGCUAAAAAUUGGUGAGAAACAAAUACGUAUGUGAAAAAUGUAUUUAAGGUUAUGAAUAUGAUAUUUUACAUAAUAAAUGUAAUUUCUGCAAAAACGGAAAAUAUGCAGAUGAAAAUGGCUUAUGCACAUUACCUUGUUCUCCAGGCUGUCUCAAAUGUAGUUCACUAACAAAUUGUGUGAAUGUUGAUCCUAAUUACAAACCAUAAAAGCCUAAAUCAGAUGAAGAUAAUAAAGGAGAAAAAGAUGUUGAAUACACACCUCCAGAAAAACGUAUACCAUUAACAGAUUUCUCAGUUUGUCAUAUUUCUUGUCUGACUUGCUUUGGUCAAAAUUAUAAUAAUUGCUUAAAAUGUUCAUCAGAAGAAACAAGAGAUUAUAAUUAUGUAAAAUCAACUUGCAAUUGCAAAGAUGGUCAUUUAGAAGUGAAUAAAUAAGAAUGCUAAUAAUUCACUAAUCUUGAAAGUGCUAUGCUUAGUUCUUCAUAAGCUGCUUAAUUUUCAUCACUAGCGUUGGCUCUACCUACAUGUUUCUUGUUUUAAACUCCCUAUAUUUAUUAUGUAAUUUAAACGAAACAAUAUCUUGGCUUAAUGUCUAUGAAUCAUCCAAAGAAUACUGUGGCAGAACAAGUUUUAUCUUAAUUUAGAACAUAUAACUUUAAUUAUGAUAUCCCUUUAACAAUUAUUACAACUAGCAAUAAGCUUACUUCAGAUGAAAUCAAUUAGUUAUUUAUUUCUACUUUAAUUAUAUCAUGUUUCCUAAUAACAGGAUUAUUAUUUAAAUACUCUAGAAGUUCUUUUAGAGGCUAAUCUUAUUUAAGGUGGAACUUAUUCCUAUUAAUGGCAAGAAAUUUAACUUCUUUUAAUACAUAUAUAGUUGUUAAAUUUUUAUCAUAAAAUAAAGAAUCAAUAGGAUCUUCUGAAAUAGCUAUUUUUGUAUUUUAUUGUAUUAUACUAUUCAUAUACUACAUACAAAUUGCUUUAGGAAUUAAAAAUUAGAUAAAAAUUUUAAAUGACGCUCAUAGAUUUGAUAGUUAAAGCUAAAAUAAUUCAAGUGAAUGUGAUGUCUCAAGAGUAAUAAAAAAUGAUUUCUUAGAAGUAAUUAAAUUUAGCAAUCCUUUAGAAGAAGGAGUUAUAGUGGCAAAAUUCCAUUAAAAAGUCUCUUACUCUGUAAUCACAUAAGGCCUAAACACUUAAAAAUAUAUAAAUCUUUAUUUAUGGGCAAUUAUUGAGGCCAUUUUUAGGUAAAGCUCAUAAUAUGAUUUCUAUAUUUUCUGA